CGAUGUAAUCCGACCGGCCCCAGCUAACAACAUACCAAACCAUACCCAUCCCGUACUCAACAAGUACAACAGCCAACCACCAUGCCACCGUCGGACGACUCCCGUUCUAAUCAGGCGCGUUACGUCGCCGCGGGGUUUUCUCACAAGAUUGGAUGGGGAACAAAGCCAGCCCUCCUACUCGUGGACGUUUGUAAUGCCUACUGGACGCCCGGUUCGCCGCUCGAUACCUCAUCGAACCCUGCAUCGGCAGCAGCUCCCGCCUCGAUCGGCCGUCUGGUGGACGCCGCCCGCGAGGGUGAAGUCCCAUUGAUAUGGACGCGAGUGGAGUAUACAGAGCCGGACAUGUCUGAUGCGGGUGUUUUCUUCAAGAAAGCGCCCGUCUUGACUGUCUUUCAGAAGAACAAUCAAUCUGGACUCGAGGACUGGGUGCCCGGACUGGUACCGAGAGCCGGCGAGAUCGUGAUUACGAAGCGAUACCCCAGCGCAUUCUUCGCGACAGACCUGAACACGAGGCUGCAAUUGAAGGGUAUAGAUACGUUGGUAGUGUGCGGUGUCAGUACGAGCGGGUGCGUGAGGGCGAGUACGUUGGAUGGGAUGUGUCUGGGCUAUCGUCCAAUGGUCGUGAGCGAAGCCUGCGGCGAUAGAUUACCUGCCGUUCACGAUGCGAACAUAUUUGACAUGAAUGCCAAAAUGGCGGAUGUUGUAUCCGAGACCGAAGCUAUCGAGAAGCUGAAACAAGGUUGGAGGUAACCGGAAGAAUGAGUGAAGACUGAGCGAAAUGUCGUCCAAAAGUAGGGUGGUAAGUUGGUUAAAACAAAGCAUCCCAACGCAAAGGGGCAGGACCCGUUCAUCAUGAUGUUCACAAUUUUAGCAGCAGCUUAGCAUAUCAUAUCCAUAAUUACGUAUACCUAUCUCGAUCUCUUCUUCCUUCCAGUAAUCCAAAUACUCGUCCUAUCCUGGC